CGGAGGCCACGCCCCCUCCCUUCCCCACCCCGGGAGCCGCCCCGGCCCGGCCCGACCCGACCCGAGGGACUCGCUCCGGCGGCGGCCAUGGAGAUGCCGGAUGUAAUGAGGCAAAGUAAAGUUGCAGAACUGAAGAACUUCCACUGCAAUUCUAAGCUACAGAAUAAUCUUACUUCCAGUCCUGUUGUCGAGGCAAAUGGUGGUCUGGCUCUCUAUUCAAACUCCCUUUGUGCAGUGAAGUCACUCCAACACAGACCAGAGAUGGUCAUCAGUCAGCCUUUCCCCAUACCAGACAAUGGCAAAAGGAAAAAGAAAAAGAGAACCAGAGCCACAGACCAUCUCCCUGGGAAGUUUGAAGAUUUGUAUAAACUGACGACCGAGCUGCUUGGUGAGGGAGCCUAUGCCAAGGUUCAGGGUGCUGUUAGUCUGCAAACUGGGAAAGAAUUUUUUUAACAGAUAAUUGAGAAGAAGGUUGGACACAGUCGGAGUAGGGUUUUUCGGGAAGUGGAAACAUUGUACCAGUGUCAGGGUAACAAGAACAUUUUGGAGUUAAUAGAAUUUUUUGAAGAUGACACAAGGUAUUACCUUGUCUUCGAGAAAUUGCGAGGAGGUUCCAUCUUGGCUCAUAUACAAAAGCGAAAACACUUCAAUGAACGCGAAGCCAGCAGGGUGGUGAGAGAUGUUGCCUAUGCUCUGGAUUUUCUGCAUACAAAAGGGAUUGCUCACCGAGACUUGAAGCCUGAAAAUAUAUUGUGUGAAUCUCCAGAGAAGGUAUCACCAGUGAAAAUAUGCGACUUCGACCUUGGCAGCGGAGUGAAGUUGAACAGUGCGUGUACUCCAAUAACUACUCCCGAAUUAACUACUCCAUGCGGUUCUGCAGAAUACAUGGCACCAGAGGUUGUGGAAGUCUUCACAGAGGAGGCCACGUUCUAUGACAAACGCUGUGAUCUGUGGAGUCUCGGGGUGAUUUUGUACAUCAUGCUCAGCGGCUACCCUCCUUUCGUGGGGAACUGUGGCACGGACUGCGGCUGGGACAGGGGAGAAGUUUGCAGAGUUUGCCAGAACAAGCUCUUUGAGAGUAUCCAGGAAGGCAAGUACGAGUUCCCUGACAAAGACUGGUCUCAUAUUUCCAGUGAUGCCAAAGACCUCAUCUCAAAGUUGCUUGUUCGCGAUGCCAAAGAAAGACUGAGUGCUGCUCAGGUUCUGAAGCAUCCAUGGUUACAAGGGCAGGCUCCUGAAAGGGGAUUACCUACGCCACAAGUUCUUCAAAGGAAUAGUAGCACGAAAGACUUGACGCUUUUUGCAGCAGAAGCCAUUGCCCUGAACCGGCAGCUGUCUCAGCAUGAGAACGAACUGAAUGAAGAACAGGAGAACAUCGCUCAAGCCAUGUGUUCCAUGAAGCUCUCUCCUCCGUCCAAAUCCCACCUGGCCAAACGAAGAGCAAUGACUCAGGCCACCAAAAAUGGUGACUUCCAGCCAGUUUUUCAUGCUGCCCUUUGACAUCAUUUCCCUGCUGUUGCUGCUAAUGAGAGAAGUCACGUUUUCCCUAUUUUAAAGACAGAUAGUUACAUCAAGGCCAAAUGACUUUUAUCAGGAAGCUCAUUAUAAAGUGGCUUCCAGCUUUAAGGGGCAAUUUUUAUGCAAUCUAUUUUGGUGUAGUAAGGUAUUUAACAGAAAUUUUUUAAACAAAAGAAAUGUGAGUUCACUGCUAUGUUACUUCAGAGGAUCAACCACUAAGCUCUCCUCAUUUGUCUUAAAAGCACACUUGAGAAUGCAGGCUUGAGGAUAUUAGAGAAGUGCUUCUCAUGUUUUGCACUUAAGGGCUCCUCAGAUCUGCCACCCCUGCAGGUAAAUCUUAAGACUUUGCCUCUCCUUGGAAGCCUUUCAGUUCUGCUCCUGUAGCCCACAGGAGAGCUUGCUGAUGGACUGGUCAAAAAGCAUAAUGACUCCAGAAGUGAAGAGAAUACACUAAUCUGGGUCCUGCAUGUUGAUGAGAGGUCCCAGAUCCUACUUCAUUUGGGAUAAAGAGCACCUUCCAAGCUACUAUAGAUGCACAGCAAAAUAUUUUGUUUCCUUAGCUAAUACUUCUGUGUUCUCAUAAGUAGGUCAUAUAUAUACUCUCAGUUCUUCCCAUUUUUUCAGCUGUUUUUAUCAUUCUGCCUUUUCUUACAAUUCCAUUCUUAAAUCUGAAACUAGUUUAGGCGAUGAACUUUACAUGGGAUGUUGUUUUUUCCACAAAUACUUUUCUCGGUGCUCUUCAAGAUCUGAAGAUAGACCUGUCUCCAAUGACUUCUUCGUUUAUCAUUUGGAUUGUAUGUUUUGAGAUGGGAGGGACUGGCUCCAAUGACUUAUUUUGGUGAGAAAUCUGUGCCUUUCUCACCAGUGCACAGGUAUUGCAUGUAGCAGUCAGCGCCUUGAGGCCAUUGAGACAAAUGAAUGGGGUUUAGAUCAGAUUUUCUUUUUUUUUAACCCUGUACUAUAGCUCUCUGUGUGACCCAGACUGCCUUGAGAGCUGCCGUAGAAGUUAAUUCAGCAGAUUUUUGCAAGGUUGCACAAGAUUUUUUGGGGUGUCCAGUGUGGGCUCACCUCACAAGCACUUUAUAUUUUUUUUUUAAGAAAGUGCUCAGCAUAUAAGCUGUGAAAAUUGGGUGAUUUAAGGUGUGUCAGGUUGGCCCCCCAAUGUGUUAGGAGACAUUUUUGAACAGUUAUGCCCGUGUAUUGUGUGCAAGGUGAAAAAUAUAUUAUCUGCAAAUGCCAGUAGUAAUAAUCUUAAGCUGGAGGAGGACGGACACAAGAAACAAAUUCAACAUCCCGUUGGAAGUGGAGAAGUAGUCUAUACUAGAACAGGUUCACACUUGCCUUUUAGAAAUGUGCACUUUGUAAAUAAUAUUUUGAUACAACCUAAUGUAUUGGUGAUGAAAGAAAAUGGUUAUACUUAAAUUAUUUUAUAUGUUGUGCCAGUGAUACAGGUUAUGUACCUUAGCUUUGGUUUUAUUAAAAAAAAUUUUAGCUAUAAAUUUAACACAUUCCAUAAUUGCCUGCGCCUUUUCGGUCUGAUUUUUGGAGACUUCGACUACUCAGGAAACAACCAUUUAUUCUUCUGUGACACUUUUAACUUGUGUGCUGAAAAUUAAA